GUACUCUUCAAACCGCCUUCAAAUCCUGACGUCUCCCGUAGUGGACAUGUUCUCUUUUCUGUUAUCUCCAGGUGCAAAGACACCUCGAAAUGCAAACCAAUCAGAAACGCCGAGGUCCCUUCCUCCUCAAUAGUAGCAGUCAAAAUAAGGUUUGUGAGGCGUUCGUGGGGGGAAUUGCUGGAGCCAGGGCGAUCGUCAAACCAGAUCGCCGGCAAGGGUCUGUGACCAGGGUUAAACCCCGUCUUAGACCACCGAGGCCAACAUUUGCCCUGCAGCGACCUCCUCCUAUGACCUCCUCUUAUGACCUGUCGGGCCAGCUCGAGUGAAGAGGCGAGUUCUGAAGCUGCGAUGGCCCCAGGACGGUGGGAAUAUCUCCAACGGGUUUCACGGUGCAUCAACCCCUAGCUAGCUAUACGUGCGAGAUGCCGUCUCUGAGACCUGGCCGUGCGAGCCAAGGGAGAGGCCAUUCUCGUUGGGAAUCAUGCCCUCUCCCUUGAUGCCCACAUUCGUCCUCUGCCAUGAUCAAGGACACCUCGCUCCGUCUUCUUGGAGCCCAUCCUGUUCCCUCUCUUGUGAAGUCCCGCAAUGAUGUCGCUCAAGUUACCGACAACACACAAUGGGAGAGUCCUGGCCGCAACUGCGGCACUCAUCCUGUGUUGGACUAUCGGCCUCAACCUCCCCCAUCGUGCAGACGACACACAUCUGCAACACGGGCCAGCAUCCACGAAAUCCGGGCCGCCAAGCCCCUUCUAUCCCGGGAAGAGCCAUGGACCUGCUCCAUCGGGCCUCGAGACCCAGAUGGACAAGGCCGAGGAAUUCUGCUCACAUUUCCACCUGGGAUUUCACAAUUUGACAAUAGUGCAGGAGGAUGGCAGAGUGGUACAAAGCCCUCCAAGGAAAAUAUACGAUUUGCUCCUCGUCAACCCCGAAACCUCCCUUGACGCGCUCGAAUUACACCUGUCACAGAUGUCCCCAUACGUGGACUUCUUCGUCCUGCUCGAGUCCCCAACUAUCAAACCUCCGCCUCAUGAGCAGGCCCCCGAGCCUCAAUGGUGGGAGCGUGACCUUUCAAAAGUCACUUGGCCAAGCUCUUUCCACCGCUCGGCCGACCCGGAACCCGACACCCAGCCCAUCUUGGACGGUAUAUCAGGCACUCUCCUGGCUCCCUACAACAAUAAGAUCAUCCGUCGAAGCUUAUCCCAGUCCUCGUCCGACUUUGCGCCGGGCAGGGACCAUCAGGCUGCAGCUCGCGACGCCGUUUACUCCCAGGUCGUGCCACUUCUCACGGGCUCUCAAAAGGCCGCGCUGGGGGACGUGCUCUUGGUAUCAGACGCUGAGGAGCUCGUGCGUCCGGAAACCAUGAAAGUCCUGAGGGACUGCCACAUCCCUGAGAGGAUAACGAUCCGGACGAGAAAAUACUGGUACAGCUUCCAGUGGUUUAGGAUCGACAAGCGCAAAGAUACAGCCAAGAAAAACAAGGAUAGUGACAAAGACGAAGAUCCUCCCAAGGGUGACGAGUCAGCAAAGGAGGACGACUUGGACGGCUCCAGCCCGGAGUGGUGGCCACACCCUCAGGCGACCUUGUAUCAGGGCCCAGAGACGAUUCUGCCUAAUGAGCUACGCAAGCAGCGAGGCGAGGAUCACUACGUCUUUGGAAACGGAGGAUGGACAUGUCAACUUUGUUAUGGGAUGAUCGCAGACACACUCAUCAAGGCAGGCCAGCAUGGAUUGAUCUGGCACGACGGGCCUCAUUGGAAAGGAGCAGGCAGGAUAGUAGAUCGGGUGAGGAGGGGUAUUGACCUAUUUGACCGGGCCAAUCUCAGCCGGAUAGAGUCGAAUCCAGAUAUACCUUCAUAUCUCCAGGACAACACACACCGAUUCCCCUGGAUGCUCGACCGAGACCCCUUCGACGCCAACUUCAAGGACUUCGACGAGGCCGAGUUCGCACAGUACCUCUCCAGGAAGAAGGAGGUAGACGCCGAGAGGGACACCGAGGCCGAUUCCGAGCCGGGCAAGGUCUGGAACCUCGCCAGCACCCAGGCAGACAAUGAUCCCGAAUUUGCGCCCGCGAACCAGCCAGGAUUUGGCGAACAGGACGACCUACCCCCGCUCAAGCCCCCGCCCGCGCCGCCGAUGAGCGAGGCGGAUAAGGCGUUCCUUAAGAAGCUCAAGGAGAAGCCGGGAUCCACGAUGACGGGGAUGGAGAUGGCGCUUCUAGAGCAGCUCUCGAAGGGCGGCGAUGAUUCUCUGCUGCCUCCGCUCGUUUACGGUGAAGAUUGAUAAAU